AUGGCUGCCAUUGACAAUGGAGAAGAAUCACUCGAAUCAGUGCAAAAUUGGCAUAUUCUUGCUGCUAAAGCAAAAGAAGAUGAUAGCAGUUUUAUGGAAAUCAUUCGUGAUUUUCCUACAAUAUACGAUAAGCGAAAAAACGACUUCCGUGACAAACGAAAGAAAGCAAAUUGUUGGCAACAAAUAGCCAAAUUGCUCGAAACUACAACGGAAGAAGUAGAAAGAAGAUACAAGAACAUCCGUACUGCAUUUUCGCGUUAUCUAGCAAAGCAGAAGUUGAAGUCUGGAUCAGGAUUAAGCGAUAUUCCGAAUAUUAAUCCAAGGUUUGAGAAUCUUGGAUGGCUUUUAAUCCAUAUGAGUUCAAGAGCUGGGACCAGCAACUUGGGACUAUCAGUAAGUGAAGCCAGUGAACCAAUUAGGCUCAGUGAUAAAGAGCCUGAUCUUGUUGAAGAGUCGAUUGAAAGAGAUAAUGUCAUACAAGAGGAAAGUAGCACGAAUUUAGAUGACUUCGUGGACGAUGAACUAUUCCAAGGCCAAGGAAGUGAAUUAAGUCAUGGUGGAGCAGAGGAAGUAUGUGCCACUGACAAUGGAGUUUCCCAAACAAGUGCAAUAAAGAGGCAAAAGAAAGAUUAUGGCAGUGGCAUGACCUGGGUCGGAGCCAAAAUCAGCAACAAAGUGCAACUGAAACAAACUGACGAGCAAAUUAAACAAACCAUGGCAAAGCUAGACAAGUCCUUAACGUAUUUGGAAAAUUCCCAAAAGGAAAACUCUAUUCCAACCAAGAAGAUGGACGAAGAGUCUUUGUACUGUUUGAGUUUAGCCCCCAGAAUGAGGAGGCUUGAUGCACGAAAGAAAGCAUUAAUCAGAAGUUCUAUUGAGAAGGCAUUUUUUGAAGUUGAAUAUGGAAAUGUUUCCAUGCCCACAGCAAAAUUGUUCUCAAAUUCUUUCUCAACUCCAGUUGGUGCUGUUCCAAACAGGCAAGCAUAUUAUGAGAGCAGUGAAAAUUCUCCUCUCACAUAUGAACCAUUAAUAUGA